AUUUCUAAUAUCGAUGAAAUUACAAUUAAACAAGAAGAAGAAGAUAAUGUUUUCGAAUAUAACAAUAUGAUCAACGGGAUUAAUGUUAAACACGAAUGUUCAAUUACAACAGAUGUCAAAAACGAAUUCAAAGAUAACCAUACGAUCGACGGCAUUAAUGUUCAACCUGAAUUUGAUGAAAUGCAAGAUUAUUGCUUUGGAUCGUUGAUACAACAUGAAGAAACGAUACCUAUGGACAUGAAAGUAACAAACAACUUGCCUGACGAAAAAUGCGAUUUGUGUUUAGAAUCAUUUACAUCCGAAAAUCAAUUGAAACAUCAUAUUACAACAUCGCACAAUUGUAUUCCUGUGAUUGAUGAAUGUUCAAUUACAACAGAUGUCGAAAACAAAUACGAUGUUACUUACAAGAUGGAUUCUGAUGAAUUUUGGACGUUUGUCAACAAUACAUCGUUUUCGUCACAAACAACAGACGCUGAAAAAUAUCAACGCUUUCUACAACAGCGAAACCGAGUAUGUAAGAAAGUAGAUAAUAGAUCCGAUCAAUCCAACGAGGAAAUUAACAUUGAUCUGAUACCAAAUUUGCAACUAACGAACCCUGAUGCGGCGGAGCUAAUGCCGACGCAGAAAGAUAAACGAAAGGAACCACCGAAGACAAACACGGAAAGACAGCGCGAAUACCGAGCACGCAAGAAAUUGAAGAUGGAUAACCCUGAUUCGGCGGACUUAACGACGACGCAGAAAGAUAAGCGAAAGAAACCACCGAAAACAAGAGCGGAAAUACAGCGCGAAUACCGAGCGCGCAAAAAAUUAGAGAUAUAUAACCCUGAUGCGGCGGACUCUAUGACGAUGCAGGUAGAUGAGCGAAAGAAACUACCGAAAACAAGAGCGGCAAUACAGCGCGAAUACCGAGCGCGCAAAAAAUUAGAGAUAUAUAACCCUGAUGCGGCGGAGCUAAUGCCGACGCAGAAAGAUAAACGAAAGGAACCACCGAAGACAAACACGGAAAGACAGCGCGAAUACCGAGCACGCAAGAUAUUGAAGAUUGAUAACCCUGAUGCGGCGGAUCCUACGACGACGCAGAUAGAUGAGCGAAAGAAACCACCGAAAACAAGAGCGGAAAUACAGCGCGAAUACCGAGCACGCAAAAAAUUAGAGAUAUAUAACCCUGAUGCGGCGGACUCUACGACGAUGCAGGUAGAUGAGCGAAAGAAACUACCGAAAACAAACAUGGAAAGACAGCGCGAAUACCGAGCACGCAAGAAAUUGAAGAUGGAUAACCCUGAUUCGGCGGACUUAACGACGACAAAGAAAGAUGAGCGAAAGAAACUACCGAAAACAAACAUGGAAAGACAGCGCGAAUACCGAGCACGCAAGAAAUUGAAGAUGGAUAACCCUGAUUCGGCGGACUUAACGACGACAAAGAAAGAUGAGCGAAAGGAACCACCGAAGACAAACACGGAAAGACAGCGCGAAUACCGAGCGCGCAAAAAAUUGGAGAUAUAUAACCCUGAUGCGGCGGACCCUACGACGACGCAGCUAGAUAAGCGAAAGAAACCACCGAAAACAAGAGCGGAAAUACAGCGCGAAUACCGAGCGCGCAAAAAAAUAGAGAUAUAUAACUCUGAUGCGGCGGAUUCUACGACGAUGCAGGUAGAUGAGCGAAAGAAACUACCGAAAACAAACACGGAAAGACAGCGCGAAUACCGAGCGCGCAAAAAAUUGGAGAUUGAUAACCCUGAUGCGGCAGACCCUACGACGCCGCAGAUAGAUGAGCGAAAGGAACCACCGAAAACAAGAGCGGAAAUACAGCGCGAAUACCGAGCACGCAAGAUAUUGAAGAUUGAUAACCCUGAUGCGGCGGACCCUACGACGACGCAGAUAGAUGAGCGAAAGAAACCACCGAAAACAAGAGCGGAAAUACAGCGCGAAUACCGAGCACGCAAGAUAUUACAACCUGCCAAGAAUGUCGCAGAAGAGAUGGAAAUUCGCGACGUAAACCAUUCGUACGUUUCGGCACCUUGCUCUCCCGCCGACCUACAAUUCGACAAGCGCUUCACGUCAAAAAACUCGUUGACACACAACUCUGUCAAAGAGUCAUUGCAAGUUUGGGACGUGAGAUUGCGCUAACUGGUAAAAUGAUCAAGUGGCACCAAAGUCUACUCAGCGCACUCUUCAAGAAUAUAGAUGAAGAGAAGAAAGUUCUACAUAUUUUAGAGAACAAGCAAAAGAAUAUGAACACCCUACUAUCAGAGAUGAGGCAUUUAUUUUAAGACCGCCAGGAUUCAACCAUCGCCUACAGCGUCCAA